AUGACUGUGCUCGAGUAUCUACAGCGCCAGGGGGCCUCGGAACACGUCCAAGCAGCCCUUGAUAGCCUCUUUGCAAAUGACCGCUGCUCGCACAUCGAGGCCAUGGGUCUGCACGAAGCCAUUCUCGCGGAACAAGGUGCGCCGGUGGCCAGCGUCAAAUAUGAUGCCCUCACGGGCUGCACUCUGGUGCUUGCAAACGGUGCACGUCAUGAUGAGAACCAGCCUCGCACAUAUCACGCCCAGCGUGUCAUCGUGACCGUCUCUCUCGGCGUUCUUAAAGCGAACCACAUUGUGUUUGAUCCCCCGUUGCCCGAGCCCAAGCGGGAAGCCAUUUGCCGUCUACAAUUCAAGACAGUCGAUGGCGCCACCAUCAUCGUGGGCUUUGUCUGUGCCCGUGACCCGGCGUCGACUGCCCCCGGCUGCGACUGCGCUCCCCAAAGUCCAACCACUUGCGUCGCUUGCCGACCAGCUGACUUUGAUGAGGCAGCGUGGUCAGACUUGACGCCAGAGCAGCAGCGCUUGUUCAGCUACUCGUCUCCAUCCCUUGAUGCCUGUUCGGCUCAGUAUCGCAAAGCUCUGGCUGCCCCUGUGGCGGACCGCCUUUUUUGGGCUGGCGAGGCCACUUCGGACAUUGUAGACGUCACCAUUCAGGCUGCCGCACAGUCGGGUCGUCGAGCCGUCAGUGACAUUUGCUCGCAUCUUGCAUCUCUGUAA